CACACCUUUCGCGCGUCGCGCGGGUGUGUCACAAUCAUCAUUGAUCAUCGUCGGUCGACGUCGUCAGUUCAGCAUCAGCUUAGCAGCGCAGCGGGUUCGUUUGUACCUGAACAUAAACAAAAGAGCGUGUGUUUUCCCAUCAUUGUUUUCCGUGUUUUCCUUUGUUGCGCGUUGUGGUUUCCCUGCGGAAUUUUCGUUCGAUUUCCCCCUCAUCGAUGGGCAUCGAUCCGUCCGAGCAGUGUCCAAAAUUUCUGCGUGAAAAUGUUCAGUGCUUGAUGGUUUCGGUGUGAAUGAGAAAUCCUCCCGUCGUCAGAAUAAUGCCACCGCGGUCAAAAUGUUAUGCGUCAUCAACGGGGUCGACGGUGUCGCUGAAGCGGUACCUUACGAUCAUUUCCUUGGUGGUUACGAUCGGGCUUACGGAAGCCCAGAAGGGAAUCUUUUUCGGGUGCUACCAGCGGGAUCGAUCCGGACAGCUGGAGCUACUGACUGACAGUCUGGACAAGUGCGUAGAGCACUGCGAGAAUGGCUAUUUCAGGUACGCCGCCCUUUCGGACACUCAGUGCUUUUGCUUCAAUACGAUACGGCUGCGUCAGAUCGAGGACAAAAACUGCCAUCUCAGGUGCCGCCAGAACGAGGACCACUCCUGUGGGGGCGACAAUGCGCAGAGUUUCUACGAAACCGGAGUGGACGUGGCCGGGCCAGUCAAGAAUCUCAAACUAGCCGAAAAGGAGACGGAAACUGCCAUCAAAGUUUCAUGGGAUGCCCCGUCGGUGGACGGAGUGCCGGUGGAGGAGUACGAAAUCGGUGCCGUGGCGUUGACCACCUUUGCCAACUAUCGACUGUAUCCGAUGAGUUGGAGUGUGCACAACAAUUCGCAAUCGUUUGAACUGUCCAGUCUGGUUCCGGGAACGCGAUACAACAUCUCCGUUACGAGUGUGUCGGAGAAGGGCGCCGGAGGAUCGACGUGGAUGGUGGCGCAGACGGAAAUUGGUGUUCCAGAUCCGGAACCAGAAGAACCGGUCAUUUUGCGCAGGUUGGACUCGACUAUCCAGAUUCAGAUUCAGAAGGCUAUCAACAAUAACGGACCGGUCAACUACUACCGGGUGGUGGUGCACUACGUGGACGACGAUUUGGUGCAGACGUUCGACGAGACCCUGCUGGACACAUAUCAACGGUCGCGGGAGAAGGGUGUCCCGUACUACAUUGCUGCCGAGGUGGAAAUGAAGGAGGAUUCAUUGCUGUUCACCGUGGGCGACAAGCGCCAUUACCGUAACUACUUUAACCCGGAAAUUCCUGCACGAAAGCACGUGCACAUUUCCAUCGGCAUUGUUAGCAUUCUGAAUAAUGUGGUCAAGGUGCGGUACGCUACCACCACCCACGAGCAGCACCAGCAUCCGGAUCACCAUCACGUAAACUCUACCAAUGCCCCGGAGAGAAAUGAAGCUCUUAUCACGGUACUGGCCGUGGCCUGCGUCCUGUUUGGUAUUGUGCUGCUGGCCAGUAUCGUACUCUAUGUUUACCUGCGCUACAAAACGCCUAGGAAUACUCGACCCCUUCGGGAUCACCACGAAAUGGCCUUGCAGGGACCCAUUUUGGAGGUUGAAAACAACGGCUUCAUUCCGGACAUUUACGAACAGCGUGGCUUCGAGGCGGAACUGCAUGACAUUAUCGAUUCGCUUGCGCCCCACCAGAAGCACGCCCGGAAGCAUCUGUCGCUGGAGAUCAACACCAUCCUGGGGUCGGGCAAGUACGGGGACAUCCUGAAGGGAAGCCUCCAACGUGAAGGUGUCGAACUGCCCGCCCAGGUGCACGUCAUUUCCGACGAUAUGGACAAAAUCGAUCAGAUUGGCUUCCUAAACGAGUUCCGGCGGGUCAUCAAGCUGGAACAGCAUCCGAACGUGCUGCAGCUUUACGGGGUCUGCGUCACGCCGGACUGGUGCUACGUGCUGUUCGAGGAGAUGCAAACCACGCUGAAGCAGACGCUGCUCAACGCGAGGAUACCAAAUAACGUCAACAGUCCGAAGUUUUCCACCAUUUCGGAGGAGAUCGUCGUCAACAUUCUGUGCCUGGUGUGCGACGGGAUGCAGUUCCUGGUGGAGAACAAUAUCGUCAACAAGAAGCUCUGCGCCCGGACCGUCUACGUCAACACCAAGUUCGAGGUAAAGGUAAGUGCCUUCGGUCCGCCCAUGUACGGUGGCGAAAACGGCCAGCAGGUUGACAUUAUCCGUUGGAACGCUCCGGAGGUGAUCAAAUUCCAGAACCACACGGCCAAAAGUGACGUCUGGUCGUUCGGGUUGCUUAUCUGGGAGUGCUGCUGUCUGGGCGCAACUCCGUUCGGAACGAUCACCACGGACAAUCUGUUCGCCAGCAUCCGGGCUGGCAGCAGGCCGGAAAAGCCCAGCUUUGUCUUCGAUGACCUCUAUCAGAUGUGCCUUAACUGUUGGGAUCCGGAUGCGGCAGAUCGGCCGGAAUUCGACGACGUCAGUCGCUACCUGAGACAAACGCUGCCCAUGUUGCGCUACAUGCUGUCCUUUGAGAGAAACCAAAGCGCGCAAAUACCGCCGUACUUACCGGACCUGGAGCUGAUUCCGUGAGAUGGAAUCGCGGGAAUCUCAUACAAAAAACAAAACGCAACUCAAGAUCAAAAUGCAAUCUUAUGACAAUAUUUUUGGAACGAUAAGUAUUUUGCUCUGAAUUCCGUCCAUUUUAUAUAGUGAAAUGAUAUUUUUAGACUGCGGAAGAUACUUUUAUCUAGACAAUAGUGCCUAACAGUAUGAACGUACAUAUAUUGUUGUAUUAGUUUUUUUUACGAAAAAAUAUGAAUCUUUUGAAAUGUAAUAAAACCUUUUGUAACAUAGAUCAA